AUGAUAGUGCAGGUUGGCGACAGCGGCCUCGGCGGCGCUCGACGGCACGCCGACGCCGCUGAGCCCACGCCACCGGACGGUUCUGGCCCAAGCAGCAUGCCCACGCCCCGGGCCAAGAACACGAGUUCUUCACGCCGGCGAGUCACCGCCGCGCAGCUCGAACAGCUCGUCGCGGCCUUCACGAACAACGAGUACCCCACCACGCACGAGCGGGAUGCGCUCGCGUCGCGGCUCGCCAUGCCGAGUCGCAGCGUGCAGAUCUGGGCAAGUGGACUCUGCACGCCGACUGGUGUUGAUGCUCAUACUUUAUCAGUUCCAGAAUCGCCGGCGGUCGCGCCGUGUGCAGGAGCGGACUGCGCGCCAGCUGUCACAGAUUGA